AUGAGCGGGGGAACCACCACGUGUGUUCUCUUGAAUGUGAUUGUACCUAAGCUAGAGUAUGCAGGAGACGUAUGGGAAGGUAACGAAAAGGCCGUCAAGCAGCUGGAAACGGUGCAGAUGGCAGCCGCCAAGAAAAUACUAGGAUGUUCAAGUACAACAAGCAACACUGUAUUGAGAGCAGAACUGGGAAUGUACUCUCUUAAAACAAAGAUAGACAUGCAAAAGUUGAAUUGGCAGUACAAGGUAAGUAGACUGUCGGACGAUAGACUACCAGCCAUGGUUGACAAGGUAGCUUGGGGAAAAGCGACUCCAGGGAAGAAAGGAAUCAGAUGGGACAAGGUGGUAGAGAGGGUUGGGAAGGAGAUAGGAGACGAGGAGGAGACAUUAGACACGGAAGGGUUCGGGGGGUUCAAGAAGAAAGUCAAGGAGAUACUAGAAAGUAGGGAGGAGGCAACCCUUCGGAAGAAGGUACGAAGCGAAGACCACUUGGAGAUAUACGGGAAGUUGAAAGAAGGGAUAGGGAUGAAGAGUUACUUGGACGGCCCCACGGACUACGCAAAAAAAAUGAAGUUGCAAUUUCGAGUAGGCGAUCUGGACUUGCCAGAACCGAGGAAGAGACAUGUCCAUGUGGCAAAAUCGGAGGAGAGUAGACCCCACAUAGUUGGGGAGUGUGAGCUGUACAGGAAGGAAAGAGAGGAUCUCGAGGAGGACAUGAGACAGAGAGGGUGUGACAUGGACAAGUUUGGUAAAUUAGACGACAGCGAAAAAACGAUUACGGUAAUUGAGGAUAGAUGGUGGGCACAAGAGGCCGUAGAGGACGGGGAUAAGAUGUGCAAGAAAUUCUUAUGUAGUUUGUGGCAGAAACGAAAAGAGCUCCCAAAUGUUGGUGGUGUCUCUAGUAGGGGUAGGAACGGUGCUCCGUCUCGAAAGGGACGCGUGGUCAAUGGUCAAAAAUGA